GUCGUCCGUCGAGCAGAUGAAGCGUCUCACGAUCGGUGUCGAGCUGGCCUCCAACGCCAGUAUCCUCUUCUUGGACGAGCCGACGUCGGGGCUCGAUGCACGCGCGGCCUUGCGCAUCAUGAAAGGCCUCACAGAAGUGGCCAAGUCGGGCCGCACGGUCGUGUGCACGAUCCACCAGCCGUCGUCCGAAGUGUUUAAGAUGUUUGACCAGCUCCUCUUGCUCAAGCGCGGUGGGCACACUGUCUACUUUGGUCCGCUUGGCACUGGCAGCGCGCACCUCAUCGAGUACCUCGAGGCGAUACCUGACACGCCCGCCAUCAAGCCCGGGCACAACCCGGCGACGUGGAUGCUCGAGGUCAUUGGCGCGGGCACGGCGGCGGGCGCCGUUGAAAAGGACUUUGCUGCGCUCUAUAGCGCCAGCGUGGCCAAGACCGAUAUGCUGACUGUGCUCCAAGAAGAGAGCAACAUGAAGCGGGCCGAAAUGGUGUUCACGCGCAAGUGCGCGGCCGACCCGAACGUGCAAUGCAAGCUCGUGCUCCAGCGCUUUGUGCGCAUGUACUGGCGCACGCCGUCGUACAACCUCACGCGCAUUCUCAUCAACGUCGCGCUCUCGAUCCUCUUUGGCAUCAUCUACUGCCAAACGACAUACUCGAGCUUUAGCGGCCUCAACGCGGGCGUUGGCAUCGUAUUUCUGGCGUCGCUCUUCAUUGGCAUGAUGGGCUUCAACAACGUCUUGCCGUUGUACGUGCAGGAGCGCGCGAGUUUCUACCGCGAGCGCGCCUGCGAGACGUACAGUGCCGUGUGGUACUUUCUCGGCUCGACGCUGAUCGAGAUCCCGUACGUCUUUGUCUCGGUCGUCGUCUUUAGCGUCAUCUUUUACCCGUUCGUGGGCUUUGUCGGGUGGAGCCAAGGCGUGCUCUUCACGAUCUACCUCUUCCUCUUUGUGCUCAUGCAAGUCUACUUUGGCCAACUCCUGGCGUGCGCGCUGCCGUCGAUCGAGGUCGCGAGCACCAUUGGCGGCUUGAUCAGCUCGAUCUUCUUCCUCUUCAUGGGCUUCAACCCGCCGACGUCGCAGAUUCCGGCCGGUCUCCAGUGGCUCAACACAAUCGUACCACCCAAGUACGCGCUCUCGCUCCUCGUGUCGGCGGCUUUUGCAACGUGCGAGAAUCCAAACGAUUUGGGCUGCGCCACCAUGUCGGACGUCCCGUUGUCUCUGAUUGUGUACAAGUUCAACAACGCCCCAAAGGUGACGGUCAAGCAGUACAUUGAAACCAUGUUUCAAAUGCAUUCGAGUGACGCAGGGAGCAACGUGGCUGUGCUCUGCGGCUGCAUCGCGGCCUUUCGUCUCCUCGGCUUUCUC